AAUCAACGGCCGAUCAUUUCGCGUUUAGAUAUUUAUUAAUUAUUUAUGCGAUAUAAUUUUGUAAAAUUCGCAUUUCGCUACGUACAUGAUCCGGCAUAUAUUGUUUUCUUUUAACUCUCGGAGUAUAUAAAUAUACAGCCGUGAGAAUUAAUGUGUGUUUAUUAUGUCUAAUACAAGAAGCCGAAAAAACAAUACACAAGGUUGGGAGGAGGCUGGUGGUGAAUUCUAUCAAGAAAGUUAUCCAGCUGAGUGGGAAAGUUUUCAACGGGAUCCUGCAGCGAUUGCCACUCUUUUGCCCUCUAAACAAAAUCGAGUCGCUACAUCAAGGCGAAUACGUAACAAUCAACAAGAUACACAGGUCAAAAGACGUCAAACACAAUUCAAUACAAGGUCAAAUUCAAUUGCGAGACGAGAAAUCCAGUAUCAAGAUGUUCAAGGUUCUGCUCUGCCUGAUUUAUCACAAGACUUAACCGACGAAGAACGAAUAUGGGAAGAGAUUCAAGAAAUAAAAUCUAUGCCAGUGUCAAUGACACAAAAAAAGGAUUUAAAGGCUAAACUUCAAGAAAUCAUCGUCUCCUGCAGCCUGAGACCACCACCACCCAAUAACAGCAUUCAACAGUGAACAUUUGUGAGAUUACAUCAAUUACUCCUGCCGCAAAUAAUAACAAAAAUUUUGUUUGUGAAAGUUAAAAAACAAAAUAAAACAAUUUCAGGGAAAAAAAAAUGAAUCUUGUUCUUUUUUUUGGUCGCAAUUCGGCCAUUCCACACGGAGAAGACACAAACAUUGACUUUGUUUUCAGUCUAUCUCGUUGAAGAAGCAACCUUUUUUUCUUGAAACUUGGUAGGUGUUAAGGGCUUGAAAGAUGAUGUUCUAGAAGUUUCACGAAAAACUAAUUUAACGUAGCCAAAUUAUUCACAAAUAAAGGGUUAACGGAGAAGACGCGUACAAAUCUUUUCCGUUACCGUCUUUGUCUGUUAAUAAUUCAGCUAUUUUGAAUUAGUUUUUCUUGAAACUUCUAGAACUUCAACUUUAUAAUGUGCCCUUAAGACCUACCAAGUUUCAAGAAAAAAGAUUGCUUCUUCAACGAGAUAGACUAGAUAAUAAGCGUGAAAAUGUCCUAAAAAUGCGAAUGGAAAUACGAAACGUCAUUUCUUUUUUGUUCUUUUUUCUGGUAGGUUUUGGCUGCUCCGACUCGGGUACGUCUUCGGCUCCGUUUUCUCAGAGUUGAGAUUUUCACCACACCAAUACAUAUGUAAUCGGCUCCGCGGUGAUUUAUAAUUGCCAUACUACCCUUCAAGCAAACAAGUCCGACCUCUGUCCGAAUCCGCUCCGCCUCGCGCGGAGCUGAGUCCGACUUCGGCUCAGAAACGGGUCCGAAGGCGGCUCAAAAUAGUAUGGAAAUUAUAAUCACCGCGGAGUCGAUUUUAUAUGUAUUGGUUUUUUCACCACGAUUUCUCCUUCGACUUUGUGUUCAUACACAAAAAGUUGCAAGUGUGUGAGUGUAACCCCGCUUUUCUCGGUCGGAGGUCGGAGUGUCUUUUCUGAACUCCGUUUUCUUGCUUGAAGGGUAAUUUGAGCCGCCGUGGAACCCGUUUCGUUGCCGAGCUCGGACUCAUUUCGGAGCCGAUUCGGACCGAGGUCGGACUCGUUUGCUUGAAGGAGACAGAUGUUCUUAUUAUUUAUUUUUUUGUUUUGGUAAAGUUACUGUUUUACCGUUUCAAAAGAAUGUUCUGUUUAAUCAGUUUAUCCCCUACUUCCGACAUCCCUUCCUUAUUAGUAUCUUGUUAAAAAUAAAAAUUUUGUUAGUAAUACAGUAAAAUAAGGUGAAAAAAGGGGUAAAUCUCGGAAUGAAUGUUAAUAGAAAUUUUUUUUGCUCACUAUCUUCGUUUUGGCAUUCUAUAGCAUACCUCAAAAGUCUAGAAAAAUCUAAUGUCCGCGAGUCGCGAUUUUCAAGGUCAAAGCGCGAAAGGAGAUUUUCAAAAUUAGCAAUAAUAGUAAUGGUAUUAUAUACACAAAAGAUACAUGUUUUCGAGGUAUUUUUAAAUGCUGAUGCCAAAAAAUCUAAAAUCAAGACAAUCUGACGUCUCUAAAAAAAGUUAUACCAGAUUUUCAUCUGUCAACCCAUAUUAUUAUAACAGUUGCAAACUUACUACCGAAAAACCCUUAAAAGUUAUGGUAGAGGAACUAAAUUUUGCAUGAAGGUUUUCAUAUCCAUUAUUAUUAGGAAUCAAAAAAUGCAAUGAAAAAAACAUUCAUAUCUGUGAAAAAUUGGUAUUUUUUGAAAAAAGGGGAAAUUUUGGGAUAUGCACUAAAAAAACAUCCUGGUACAAUCUUGAAAUUAGUGCUAAUAGGCUAAUUUUUUUUGUUUCUAUCUUUGUUUGGAUAUUCUAUAUCUUAUGUCAAACAUCUAAACAAUUCUCAUGUCCGCAAGUCCUAAUUUUGGAGGUUAAACUAAGUUAGGUGCAGACUUAAAAAAAUUAGCAAGAAAAGUUUAAAUUCGUAUAUGUAUACCAACAUAAGCGACAUGGUUUAAGGGUAUUUUUUAACACUUAUUCCAAAAAAAACUCACAAUAAGUCAACCUGACCAUCCCUGAAAAGUAAUGCACCUUAUUCAUGUUGAUCUGACACAAAUAUCUGAAGUGUUGUUUUUCAAUUCUUUAAAAUCUGCACCUUAUCUUCAAAUCAGGAAAAUUAGGACUUGCGGACAUGAGAUUUUUUUUAAGAUGUUUGACAUAAGAUAUAGAAUAUCCAAACAAAGAUAGAAACAAAAAAAAUAAGCCUAUUAGAACUAAUUUCAAGAUUGUACCAGGAUGUUUUUUAGUGCAUAUCCCAAAAUUUCCACUUUUUUCAAAAAAUACCAAUUUUUCACAGAUACGAAUGUUUUUCUCAUUGCAUUUUUUGAUUCCUAAUAAUAAUGGAUAUGAAAACCUUCAUGCAAAAUUUAGUUCCUCUACCAUAACUUUUAAGGGUUUUUCGGUAGUAAGUUUGCAACUGACUGUUAUAAUAAUAUGGGUUGACAGAUGAAAAUCUGGUAUAACUUUUUCAGAGACGUCAGAUUGUCUUGAUUUUAGAUUUGUUGGCAUCAGCAUUAAAAAAUACCUCGAAGACAUGUAUCAUAUGUGUAUAUAAUACCAUUGUCUAUUAUUGCUAAUUUUGAAAAUUUCCUUUCGCGCUUUGACCUUGAAAAUCGCGACACGCGGACAUUAGAUUUUUCUAGACUUUUGAGGUAUGUUAUAGAAUUCCAAAACGAAGAUAUUGAGCAAAAAAAAUUUCUAUUAACAUUCAUUCCGAGGUGAACCCCUCAUUUGACUGGAUUAUAGGUAUAUUGUUUAUUUUAUGUUCAAGAAAAAAAAAUUAUACUAAUUUUCUCUUCUUCCUUUUUUUCUUCUUAAAAGUCCUCUUUUUAUGAAGGUUCGAGAAUAAAAUGUUCUCUAUAAAAAAGAUUCCAGAUAAAACCUUCACACUAUUAAUACAAAAUUAUGCAAAUCACCAUACUGACAAAGAACUCGGCUCACAAGCAGAUCCGCACACUUUUUUCUCAAAUAUAAUCUAGCUCAUAUGCAAAUGAACUCAUAUCAGAGCUAAGCGGAGAGCUUGUUUGCAUGGCAUCUCUGCUUUUGAUUCAGUCAUAACAUUUCGUGUUUAUAUUUUUUUUGCAUUUACUAUCUUUACUCAUAAUAUGUGUUUUAAACUUAAUUUU